AUGAAGUGUUUCCCAGUUACUUUUAUCCUAAUGAUUGUCAUUGAGACGUUAUUGGCCGCCGUCAUGUCUGGUUUAAAUUUCUACACUAAUGGUCAUGAAGUUGAAGAAAACCUUAUUACUUCGAGACGGAAAGCCAUUGCUGAACAUGACCAUAAAACUGAUUCUGGUUAUGGCGGCAUCUUAAGUAAACCACCUGUGAUUCUAAUAACACUUACUCUAAUUACUAUUAUCUAUUUUUAAUUUUUUCUUUCUAUGUUUAAAUAAUACAAUGAUAUCUAACAGCUAAUUUUAUUAUUUUUUGUUCAGGUAAUGAAGAAGAAAUUGAAGCGUUGCAAAAUUUAGAGCCAUAUGAAGUUAAGCCACACAUGCAAACUAUUCUUGAAAGUAUUGAUGAAAAUAAAAAUGGUUUUAUUGAAAAAAAUGAAUUGGCAACAAGAUUAUUACAAACAUAUAAGUAAAUAUUCUUUAAAUGGAUUAAAAUUCAAUUCCUAAAACAAUUAAAGAGAAUUUUUUUUAAAAAAUUAAAAAUUAUAACAUUUUAAAAAUUCAAAAGCAUUUUAAAGGUUGUGAAUGUGUUUUAUAAACACAUAAAUGCCUAAUUUUAUUUUGUGAAGUUUAUAGGUGUAUAAUGUCAAGUAUAUCAUUUGCAUUAUUUCUCUUAAGUUGAGAGCAUAAAUAUUAUUUCUAUUUUAUGAAUUUCAUGUGUUAUAAAUUACUCUGUCAAACAAUACAUGUGUUUUUUUUUUAUUAUUAUAUUGAAUUCCACUUAUAAAUAUUAUGUUCAUUGAAUUUAAUUUACUUUUUAAACUUUUUAGUUCAGAAAUAUAAAUUGUAACACAUGUGUUUUGUAUUGUGUAUUGUUUCCUUCAUUUUCAAAUGUUUGACAUAAAUAUCAUAAUAUUAAAUAUGCACACAUUUUUCACUUACUUUACAUUUGUUCUUAUUUAAUUUUUAACUAUAUGGUUUUAACCAAUUAUUUUCUACUGUUAUUUUCCAUAUUAUUUGUAUAUAUUAAAAUUUAUAAUUACCUACAAUUUGAAUUGAUAAAUAAUAAUAUAUAAUUAUUUGUAUAGCUAAUUAAAAAUAAAAAUAACUAUUAUUUUACAUAUUUUUUAGAAUAGAAAUAAAAAUUAUAUAUUUUUCAUUUUAUUUAAUUGACAUAUUAAACAUUAUAAUAUUAUUAUUAUAAUAUUUAUAUUUAUUUAUUUAGUUUUAUUAUAUUAAUUAAACAUUGUAUUCAUAUUUCACAUUAAAACAUGUACAAUAAUUUAAUCCAUUAGGUACUAAACUUUUAUAGUAUACAGACCCCUGAUGAAGGAAUUUCUUAUCAAUUUCCUUUCUUUUUCUUUUUUUAUUUUAACUUAAUUUACUUGCAUUUUAGAGAUAGUUUCUGAAUAUCAGGUUCAAUAUUUUAAAACUUGUCAAAAAUGUUUUUACGUAAAUAACUGGAAUUGUCAAUAGUGCUGCCAGCCUCCAACGAGUGGUCACAGGCUCCAAAAUUAAAUUAUUAAUUCAAAUAUUAACACUUUUAAGAAAAAUAUUCAAUUACAUUUUCAUCACAUCUACAUUUAACCACACAGAUAAUAAUUAGUUAAUUGAACUAAUUUUUAAAAAAAACACUAUGAGACACUCUGUAUAUAAUAUUUUUUCAUAAAUUUUAGUUGUUAAAAUUACAUUUCAACUAGUUUUAAUUGCGUUUUCUGUUAGGAGACUGUCAAUUGAAGAAGCUGAUUCAGAAUUUGAAACAAGCGAUCUGGAUGGAAAUGGUUUUAUUACAUGGAAAGAAUACAUAGGAGAUACAUAUGGUUCAUCUGAUGAAGACGAAGUAAUUAUUAUUACUUAUUUCACAAUAUGUUUUUAUAGUAAAGUAAAAAUGAUUUAGGUAUUUUAUUUUUUAAUAAUAUUACUGUUGACAUUUCAUUGUAAUUUGAGAAAAUUGUAAUGCAUACAAUGUAUAAAUUAAAAUGUAUUUAUUUUUAGGAUACUCUAGAAGAAAAAGAAUUAUUUGUAGCGGCAGAUGUUGAUAAAGAUGAGCAACUAAGUAAAAUAGAAUUCCGGUAUUUUUAUACACCUGAAGAUUACCCACAUAUGAAACCAUUUAUAGUUAGUGGAAUUAUGAAUAGAUUUGAUACAAAUAAAGAUGGAGAAGUUACAUUUGAUGAGUUCAUAGCAGAUAGAAGUAAGACAAUUAUAUUGUAUACAUAUUUGUUUAUAAAUUAUUAAAUUUUUUAUCUAAUACUUAAAAUUUUAGUCCAGAAUUAUAACCAAAAUGAUAUUCAAGAGGAAAAAGAAAAAUUCACUCAACUUGACGUAAACAAUAAUCAUAUAUUAGAUGAAGACGAAAUGCAUAUGUGGGCUUCACCAAACAAUUUGUACGUAUUCAAAUAGUAAUUUAUUUUUUUAUCACCAUAAAUUACUUAAGUUAAAUUGUUAAGUUGCUUUACUAUCAUAGGCUUUUAUAUUAAAAUUGAUAUUUUUUUCUAGCAAAGCAAUUUUAAAUCUUACAAUGUUUAUGUAAAUAUAUAAAAAUCACACUACUAAAAAAAAAAAAACUUGUUUGUGAUUAUUCUAUAAUAAUUUUUUUUUAAAAUAUAUCAAUACAAUGUAUAAUAUAUAUAUUAUACACAAUUUACAGCAUGAUAGCAGAGAGUGAAGCUGAAAAUUUAAUUUUUAAAUCAGAUAAAAAUAAAGAUGGCAUACUUAGUUUUGAAGAAAUAAUGGACAAUUAUAUGACAUUUAUUUCCCCAGAUAGCGAAGGAUAUUACAUAUUUAGAGAUGAAUUAUAG